UUUUAAAUAACCAACGAUUGAUUAAAAAAUCGUACGUUUUUAUAUAUUGUCAAUCGGAUAAUUCACAGUUGUCAUUAAUUGCAUAAGUUAUUGGAGAGGGAGAAGAUAGAACGAUCAGCAAGAAGCCCAAUAAAAAUACUAAAAUGAGACUAAAUGUUAGAUUUAUCCGUAUUCGUGACAAGUUGGUUCUAUGUUUGAGCGCGCUCGCCAUCGUGUUCACGUUAUUGUUAGUGAUGGAUUUACAGAUGGACUUGGGCUACAGUGGCCAUCAUUUGAAUCCCAGCCAUGCUCGAGUUCGAAUCGGUGAUUCGCUGGAGACUGAUACCGUUUACAACAAUUUCCGUCGGAAAUUUCUUCAACGAGGUAACGGCAGUCGUGAACAGGCUAAUAACGACGUAACGCCCAUCAUUGAAAAAUCAAAGAAAAGCGGGGUAAUGUCAUUGUCAUCAAUAAAAAAGCACGAUGAUUUCUCGGAUUUGAUGGACUUGGUAAUGAAUAGGUAUGGAGUAAACGUUGAUGAAGGAGUGGCAAUAAUUAACAGAGAAGACAGAGAAUAUAAUCCGACGAUCGGAGAAUUAAGAAAGAUGACAUUGAAAAAGAAUAGCACAACUUUGGAGAAAUUCCAUUUUCAAAUCUCGAGGUUGCAGUUAUACUCCGAAGAUUCAAAGUAUGUGGACCAAUUACUUCAUGAGAUGGCGACCAAGCCGAUUCUUCAUGUUGUUCAAAAAGACGGUGGUACACAAUUAAAAUUAGUUAUUGAUUAUGGCGACAACAUGCAGGCAUUGUUUAAACCGAUGCGGUUCCCGCGAGAACAACAGACAUUGCCAAAUCAUUUCUACUUCACAGACUUCGAGAGGCAUACCGCUGAAAUCGCAUCUUUUCAUCUGGACAGGCUUUUAGGAUUUCGGAGAGCGAUGCCGGUAAAUGGUCGAACUCUUAAUGUUACAACGGAAAUUUAUCAAAUUGCCGACAGUGAACUGCUUAAAACGUUCUUCGUGAGUCCGGCCGGUAACCUGUGCUUCCACGGUAAAUGUAGUUAUUAUUGCGAUACGGCACAUGCUGUUUGCGGCAAUCCCGAUACUUUGGAGGGUAGCUUCGCCGCCUUUUUACCAGAUAAAGCUUUUGCGGCCAGAAAGGCUUGGCGGCAUCCUUGGCGUAGAAGUUAUCAUAAACGGAAGAAGGCCCAAUGGGAACAUGAUUCCGAUUACUGCACUCUGGUAAAAGAAAUUCCACCGUAUAAUGAAGGUCGACGAUUGAUUGAUCUUAUGGAUAUGGCAGUCUUCGAUUUUUUAACAGGCAACAUGGAUCGCCAUCAUUAUGAAACAUUUAGAAUUUUUGGAAAUGAUAGUUUUACAUUACAUUUGGACCAUGGAAGAGGUUUUGGGAAACCUUUCCAUGAUGAAAUGUCUAUUUUAGCACCUCUUUUACAAUGCUGUGUCAUUAGACGAAAUACUUUAAGUACUUUACUCCGGUGCUAAGAGACAGCACUUGAACGGUAUAUUUGAUGCGACUAUAAAAAUGAUGACCAGCAAAUCAAAGAAAUCGAGACAUGGCUAAGGAAAAAGAGGAUAGUGAGGAGGAAAAUCGAAUGGAGACAGGCAAUAAAUUAAAAAAAUUUGACAGUAAUAUAGAAGCGAAAUUUAGCUGAACGAUGGCGAGGAAAAUUUCUAGGGAAUUUUAGUAACGGAUGACAGAAGCAUCCGAGGAAUGUAUUUCGGAGUUAAGGAGCAAAAGAUUGCGGAAAUAAGGAGGAGUGUUAGUACGAUACGAAAAACAAGACAACACAAGUGGAGAAUGAAUCGUUAACGAACAUCUGACUAAUCAGAACUAUUAAAAGAAGAAAGAGAUAUUAAAUGAAGAAAAAUGAGAUAAGGGAGCAAAACUAGCAAUUAAGAGGCUGGAUUUAUAUGGAUUUAGAUAAAAAGAGUUAGCAGAGGCCCAUUCAAUGAUAGAUUUUAUAUCGUGAUUAAGAGCAUCCACAGCUGUUUAAAAGUCGAAUGGAUCGAAGAAAGAAAGAAAAACAACAUAUAACAGAAAUUUAGAGAUAAUAGAAAUAGAACGUAAAUCGACGAUGAAGAUUGUGAAUAAUAAGGGAGCAAAGAUCGAAUCCUGAGGGACUCCGAAAGGCGGGAUGAUGAGAAAGAAGGCUUUGGGAUAUAUAGCAAAACUCUCUAAGAACGCUUUAUAGGAAAAAACGAAGGAAGGAGAUAGAGGAGAAGCUAUAAUGAUAGAAUUUGAAUAAUAAAAGCUCAACGGUAUUGAAGGCUUUAGAAAAAUCUAGAGCAACUAUGAAAGUUAAUAAGGUAGAAGACCAGAGUCGAACCCUCGGAGCACAGAGUGACAAGUGCAGCAGUUCGAUGAUUGUAUUAUACAUAUAUCGGAAACCGGAUUGGCAAUUCGACAUGAAAUUUGUAGAGUUAAAAAAUAAGUUCAGCUGUAGCAUAUCCGCUCCAGGAGUUUCGAGAGGAGUGAGUGAUAUGGGACGAAAGGAAGAAAGGAUUAUGAGUCUUAGGGAUAAGAAAGACUAUAACUUUCAACACGUAAGGAACAUAUUGAAAACUAGAGCGUAAUUGAAUGUGAAGAAAUUAAUUGAUUGUAGGAGAUAGAGGAAGAGCAUGCGUCCAAAGAGAUCGUGCGGAAAAUUGAUGUGCUGAAAGAGUUCGGCAGCGAUAAUAGAAACAAAUGAAAACGUAUCGAAAUUUUUUUUGGAAGUAAUAAAUCAAAUGUUGAAAGGAAGAGAGGAGGAGAGAGUCAAUGAAAUGAUUAUUAAAUAAAGAAGGAUCAAGGAGAUGAGAAGGAAUAAUAUAAUUGGGAGAAGAGAGCCUGACGCCAAAAAGGAAAAAGUUAUGCCAAAAUUGUCGCGGAAGACCAAAGGAGAAGGAUGACGUCAAGAAUGACUUCUUUUCAUGACGAAUAACUGUGCAAUUUCGAAAUUCGCGAUAACAUUGUCAGUGAGCCUCGAAUUGAGUCCGCCUGAAUCCGAUCAACGCACACUUUAAAAAAAUCAACUUAUGCACCGUUAAUUUUCAUCCAUGAAGCAGACGAUCGAAAACGUCUUAAACAGAGCGCCAAACGAAUCGAAAAUAGAUACUAUCGACUAAACAAAAUAGGCGACUUUGGCAUCGUGCACUCCCAAUACAUCUGGAAUCAGUUGAUCGCUGCAAGAAGAAAUCAACUGCACGCAAAUUUCGUGCAAGGUAAACGUUUGAGCGAAUCGACAAUUGAUAUAUUCGAAGAAUAACAUAAUAGUUAUUGAUAGAGACAUCGUACACAGAAUCAAUGACGCAAAAGGAAGAUGAAGUUAUAAUGAUGUUAAUGAUGGACGCGGAUUCAUAGGUUACAUAAGUAUGAGAGAAAAUUAUUUGACGAAGACAAAGGUGAGACAUCAGGAAUUUCAGAUACACUGUGGCGGCUGUGCAAGUGCCAGUAUCACAGGCAACCCAAUAUACAGACGCCUGCAGAACAGAGCACGGCACGCAUCAACUUUCUCGCAAGUGCCUUGCGGCACCUACUUUUUCACGAGCGCUCGCAGAUCGUGAAUCGCGAGUAUAUGAUUCAGCCCCUCAGUAGGAGGCUGGAGUGACAACAAUGAACCCAGCCAUUAGAAAUUCGCCCAGCGAGAGAUAUAAAGCCCGCCAAGGCGGAGUCAAAUGGCUCAAAGCGAGAGACACCCCAAUGUAUCCAGAAGCUUGCAUACCACGACCCAACACAAUCCAGUGAAGGCGCUCUAAGCACAAUGCAGGGACGGCGAGGCAACCAGCCAGCGGAGAAUCAGCAAGGCCCAGUAGAAAUCAAGGA